AUGCUACCCAUGAAGGGCGUGGAUGGCCCUCGAUCUAGUGGCCUCCGCAAGAAGAGGAAGUCAAGGUCGGUGAGGGAUCGAGACAGGAGAUCAAAUGGGAUAAAGAACAACCAUGUUAAGGGCUCGGUCUUUCGCUUCUCAUCUGACUCAGAGAGGGAGGGCAACAGGGAACCCUCCUCGUCCCGCCCUCGACCCCCACGAAGGAAGCGAAAGGACUCUACUUCUGCUGAGGAGGACAUCAUCGAUGGCUUCUCCAUCACAGGAUUCGUCACCUUGGAGGCUCUGGAGAAGAACUUGACACUGAUGCCCCAGGAGUGCAGAGAGAGCCAGGCAGGCCCACUACGCAAGAAAAAGGCUGCCAGGGUCCUCAACGGCCUGAGCCUGAACCCCUGCAAGAAUCACCAUCAACAGUCUUCAGACCAGGAGAACAACCCCCGCCUGGUACACACACAGGGCAAGAAGAAGAAGAAACACCUGAACAAGAAACACAAAAGGCUGAAACCGGGGCAGAACAACUGUAAGGGCAGCGACAGCGAGAGUGUAAGCGGAGGGUCCAAGCCUUCCAUCAGGAGCAGCUCCAGAGACAGGCUGACAGACUGUGACACAGAGAGUGACCAAGACGACAAGGUCUCCGAUGCCAGCUCAGAGAAAUUCUUCAGCACAGCUGCAGUUAAAGCUCCAGAUUUUGGCCUCCAUGUGCUCUCCACCAAUGGCAGCCAGGAGCCCCAUGGGCCGGGCCACCUCAAGGUAUCAGGCCUAGAGCGCAGUCAGGAGAGGAGCCAGGAGACCUGUAGGGACCCCCAACCACCUGCGUCUAGCAGCCCCAGUCAGCCUCUGCCCCCACAAGCCCUCCCCCUUCUCCAGCCGUCCACCCCUAAGCCCCUGUCUCCUCAUCGGACCCACACUCAAAGCUCUGCCCAGGCUCCGGCCUUCACUCACCUGCCCCCCCGCUCAGAGGCACUCCCCAGGCCUCAGACGCCCGCAGCCCUGCCUCUCGCCCAGGGACAAGAGCCCUCGCCGCCUCCCCCUCCCCGGCCCCAGCACCAGCCUGAACUGCUGUCACACCCUCGGCCUCCGCCGACUCCCAGCCUUCACCCACACCCGCCAUCGCCUGCCCUCCCCACCCAUCACCAACAGCACCCCAGUCAGGCCGGGGCCCACCGGCCCCCAUCACGCAGCAACCCUCGGCCCCUUUCUGCCUACAACGGCCUCAACCUCAACGGUCACAGCAGCAGCAGGAGCAGCACCCCAGGCGCCAAGCCCCAAGGGCCCCCAACUCCCUCUUUGCACCUCCCCCAUCACCCGCCACCUCCGGCAGCAGCAUCCCCCUUCCCGCUGCCCUUGGCGGCUAACCAGAGCACCCCCCACAGCUUCCCCCCUGCCUUGCAGUCCUCGCCGCACCCACAUCACCCCAAUAUGUUCGCUCCUCCAGCGGCCUUGCCUCCACCACCACCACUUACGUCAAGCACCCUGCCAGUCCCCGGACAUCCUGCUGCUGGGACUGCCUACUCAGAGCAAGAACUUCUACGUCAGGAGCUUAACACCCGUUUCCUGGCUUCUCAGAACGCCGACCGCGGCGCCUCGCUGGGCCCCCCACCCUACCUGCGCACAGAGUUCCACCAGCAUCAGCACCAGCACCAGCAUCAGCACCAACACACCCACCAACACACGCACCAGCACACCUUUACGCCCUUCCCUCACGCCAUCAUGCCCACUCCGGCACCGCCCAUGGUUCGUACCCCUGCCAGAAAUUUUGAAAAAUUUCCAACAAAGGUUGACCCCUUCUACAGACACAGUCUCUUCCAUGCCUACCCACCGGCCAUGUCUGGCCUUCCGCCCGUCAUCCCCCCGAACGGGCCGUUCGGCUCGCUGCAAGGCGCCUUUCAGCCCAAGACCUCCAAUCCACUCGAUGUAGCCGGAAGACCUGGAGGCGUCCCACACACAUUCUUACAGAAGGACCCCAGGCUAACGGAUCCAUUCCGGCCCGUUCUCAGGAAACCAGGGAAAUGGUGCGCCAUGCACGUCCACAUCGCCUGGCAGAUAUACCACCACCAACAGAAAUUAAAGCAGCAGACGCAGGUCGACCCUCACAAGCUAGACUUCGGCCUCAAGCCUGAGUUCCUGAGUCGACCUCCGGGCCCCAGCCUAUUUGGCCCCAUCCAUCACCCCACAGAUUUGGCACGGCCUGCAACACUGUUCUCCGCUGCAGGUCCCACACACCCGUCAGCAGGGCCUUUCGGGCAUCCGCCCCACCAUCCUGGAAACUUCCUCGCCCCAGCAUCUCACUUAGAACACUUCAAUCGGCCUGCGUCAUUUGGAGGACUAGGAACCCUCAGCUCAUCGGCCUUCGGGGGCCUGGGCAAUCCAGCACUAAAAUCCCUAACAGCGGCCAACGCCAUGUUCGGACAUAAAGACGGCCCCAAUGCACAGCAGCACUUCAACAGUGGCAGCAACAGCAGCCAUCAGGAGCCGUGGAACCGCCUGCACCGCACUCCGCCCUCCUUCCCCACACCUCCACCCUGGCUGAAACCCGGGGACUCUGAGAGGAGCGCCUCGGCCAGCUCGCACGAGAGGGACCGGGACUCUGACAAACGGGACUCAUUGGGCAGUAAAGACGACAAAGACAGGGACUCUUUAGAAAAGCGCCAUACGAGCCAUCCGUCCCCGGGGCCUGUCAACCCCAUCAGCCUUCUAGGCCACAGUCGGCCGCCUGAGCACCACAGGAACCACCUGCCACCCACUGCUGGAGAAAUUCAAAGGGACAAGGAGACCAAAGCCAAAGACAGGGAGAGGGAGAACUCUGACUACAACGGCACAGAUGAACAUAAGCUCAAAGACAACCAGCACAGCGACAAGGACACACCUGUCAUUCUCGACGGCCGGGUGUCAGAGGACAAAGUGUCCAGCAGGGGGACACCGUCGCCCUACGUCCGGCAGACCAGCCUGGAACGUCCCAAUGGCGGGCUGAGCAGGGACGUCCUGGAGAAGAAGGUGGAGCUGCCGUACGAGCACCAGAAGAGGAGCAGUGAGGUGAAGGUGAAGGAGGAGCGGAAGGAGGAGCAGGAUGCAGCUGCAGAGAGGGCAAAUGAGCACCCAACACAGGCACCGUCCACGCCAAACCUCCACCCUCCCUCGUCAAUGCCUAUGCCCAUGAGCAUGGCUGGCGUUCACCCCAUGAACAGCAUCAGUGGUCUUGAGAGAACUCGAAUGGUAGCGCCCUUCAUGGGGAUCAGCCCCAUCCCAGGAGCCGACAGGUUCCCUUACCCUGCCUUCCACUGGGACCCAAUGAGGGACCCCUACAGGGGCCUGGACAUUCACAGGCGGGACCCUUUGACCAGGGAUCUGUUGCUAAGGAACGACCCUCUGCACCGGCUAGCAGCGCCUCGACUCUACGAGGCGGAGCGCUCCUACCGGGACCGCGAGCCUCAUGACUUUAACCGGGAUCACCUGCACUCUCUGGCCCUGGAGCAGAGAAGGGAGCAGGAGCGCGCCCACAUGGAGGAACGCGACCGACUCAACAUGCUGAGAGAGGACUAUGAGCAUGGGCGCCUCCACCCUGCAAUGCACCAUCCGGCCCUUGACGGACAUCUCCCACACCCCGCCCAGGGCCUCAUGGCCCCCGGACUCCCAGGCAUGCACUAUUCCCGGGUCAGUCCCUCGGCUGCAGCGAUGGCCGCAGCAGCCGCUGCCGCCGCCGCCGCCCAUCAGAACGGUAUCCUGAACAAAACACCCCCCACCGCCUCUCUGAGUGCCCCACCCCCUCUCAUCUCCUCACUGGGGGCCCGGCCCGGCUCACCCAGAAGGACUACUCCCCUGGCCACAGAUAUCAGAGACAGAGCCUCUCACAAAGACAUCGAGGCACGGUGAGCCUCACUCUUUGAACACCAAGCACUUAGCUCUGGGCAAAGCAGACUGUAACAUAGCUGUGAAUAACUUAUGUGGGCAGAGACAUGCCCACACAACACCGUGUUUUUGUAUAAAACUACAAAGAGACAGUAAUCAUGGAACAAAAAAAGAUUUUUCAAAGAUGUUUUCCCGGUUUGCUCCAGCUUUUUGUGUGCAUUCUUCCUCCUGUAUAGCGAAGUCACGCGGAGUAAGACUGAAGACUUUUGGAAUGUACAGGUACUUUAGCACUGACAGCAAAGUGUGUAGAUAAUAUGUACAGUCGCUGUGCUCACUCUUUAUGGAUUAAAAUCAUGGUACAAAUAUGCAAAAGGGUGUUUUGAAAGCUUUACUUUGAACACAUGUAAAUAGAGGAGUAUAACAGCAGUGAUUCAGAAUGUGCUUUUUGCUAUUUCCUUUUUUUUGGGUUGAUGCAAAUGGUUAGCAUUGUACCAGAUACCCCAUAUUCAACUAUGCAACAAAUGCCUGGGCUCCCUUUCUAAAAGCUCGCCUUCUCAUUACUACUGACUGUGUAACAAUACAGGACAAAAGCUGUAUUCUCUCCACAACUCAGACACACACAGGUCCAUGCAAACACUUUCAAGCUUUAACAAUUCAAAGGAACAAUUUGGAUUUAACAAAAGUAACGUUUUGAGAAAUAGUUUUUCAAACAUGAUUAAUUGUGUUGACAAUCCUAGAAACAGCUGAUUCAAUUAUUGCGAUUUAUAUUGUAAAAAGCCAGCAGCACAAAUGUUAACUCUUUUUCUCACUCAGUUAUUACCAGUGUUGUUCUGGGGAGAAUGCAGCACACUGAACAUCACUACAGCACAUGUGUAAAGUACAUGUUUUGGAAAUCGGUUCUGUUGGUCAAACAGUGUAGUAAAGUGCUUUCCUGAGUUGAUGUACUUACAAAAGCAAAAGACAAAAAAGCAAGUCUGAACUAUGGACCGUUUGUUUCUAAUGAGCAGAGAUCUAUUUUAGUAGUCCACUGAAGGUUUAGUUGUGCGCUUCAAACUCUGUGAUAUCAUGUCGUGCAGUGUUUUUUAAUCUAACAUAAAAAGGUCCACCGGAGCCAUAGUGGUUAGUUGAUGCAUAUUGCAAAAAGAUUGUUAAAUGAGAUUUUUUUUUUUGCUGUUAACCAUGUACAGGGAAAACAAGUGAAGUCUUUCUAGAUCAUGUACAAAAAUGAGAAAAAAUGAAGCGACUGAAUCUUCAGCAUGCUCCUCAUUUAAACUUGUGUUAUGUAAAU